CGUGUAGGUAAUCCCCUGCUCCCGUGUUUUCCAACGUCCCUUCCUCGAGCCACCUCUGGAGGUGUUCUCGUUUGUACUUGACAUUAAUAUUCUCUACUAUCUCACAUCCUGCAUUAUUUUAUCGAACGAACGGACGGCGGCCCUACAAUCAUUGUAUAGAUCUGUCAUGGAAUCUUUCCCUGUAUUUUUCAAGGUUCGAGCUGUAACUUUCAGCUCCGUCAUUCUCAUUAGCUUUCUGUGGACUGUACUUCUUUCAGUUCAAGUUUACACCCGCUGGGACAUAUCUGACCGCUGCAGUCGUGAGCUGUCCAAUCACAGUUAUUGUACUGAAUGUCUGCUGAGAUGGGGCCCAUGUCAAUCAGGCUCGUUAACCGCUGUCUUCCUCUUGACCAAUGCGACAACAAUCCUGAUUCUACCUUUCCUAUUACUACUUGAGUUCCGAGUGUGGUUGGAUGCCGCUCGAAUAUUAUUACUUGUAAUAGGACAAAUAGGAUCUGCUGUCGCUUUCACUUACUGGAAUCCUCAAAUACAAUGCCCAGAUCAAACAGCCGACCAGCAAGGUGUCUGCAAAUUGAUCAACUUCUACAUGCUCAUGGGCUGUUGGGUAGUUCCUAUCAUAUUUAUUCUAUAUGCCAGCUACUUUGCUGCCAUGGUUUACCGCCAGUCGAGGAUACCCGUGGUGGUCGAGUCGCGCGAAAAAACCUUUACGGGUAUAGGGUCACCUCUCGUGGUAGACCCAGAAAUGGCGAUCGCUUCGCCCCAUCUUCCUGUUCUCGACAUUCGGGCUUCAAUGCCACCACUUCGCACUUUGUCAUCUGACUCUGUGUUGUUCCCACGUCCGGAGGCAAAUAUUGCAUCUCCACUCACGACCACUGCCAUGCCACGUCGUGCCUCUCGUGAUCCGCAUUCGGUUGUCUUGCAACCAGGAGCACUCGAUAAACGGGAUUCGCAGUCUCCUCAGCGACACAUGUCUCUCGCGCCGUCAUUCGCUGAAUUUGUACAGGGUGAAAGUAAUGCUCGCAAGUCGGGGCGAUUGUCAAAACCCCUACCACCCUGGUGUAUGUAACUAUCAUGAUAGUCUACUUAGAUUCCACGUACUAGUAAUCAAUCAAUAUGUAAUAUUGUAAACACGGCAAAGCCCUAUCGACCUAGAUCUAU